CUCGUCACGGUUUCCAUUCUCCAUCGGUAGGAAGUAGCAUCAGAGCAAGCAAAGAGACGAAAAAGGAAUGGCAGGAAUCAUUCACAAGAUCGAGGAGAAGCUCCAUAUCGGAGGAGAGCACAAGCAGGAGGAGCAUAAGGAGGAAGGGCACCACAAGGAGGAGGAGAAGCACCACACGGAGGAAGGACACCACAAGGAGGAGGAGAAGCACCACAAGGAGGAAGAACAUCACAAGGAGGGAGGAGGAGGAAUAGUGGAGAAGGUCAAGGAAAAGAUCCAUGGCGGAGAGGAACACGGGGAGAAGAAGAAGGAGAAGAAGAAGAAGAAGGAGAAGAAGCACGGUGAGGAGCACCAUGGCGACAGCAGCAGCAGCAGCGACAGCGACUAGAUCAUACAGACCUUUGACACCUUGCUAUGGAUAUAUAAGAUGGAAGUGGGUUUGGGAGUGGAACUACUUUGCUUUGCUGCUUGAUCCUUUCUUGUAAUAAUAAUGAAUGUAAUAUGAAAUAAAGCAUCUAAUUGCUUUACUAUU